GAAGCAGGCCGAGAGCCUUGCCAUUCCCCCAUCGUUUCACACUAUCGGUGAACUUCGGCCACCAACCUGCACAGCUACCCAUCAGACCAGUCUUUCCUGUAGCAUCUAUCAGAGACCAAACCGUCCCUAGAAAGACCAUCAGCGUUUGAUGCAAUUCCUCAUUCUUGCUCCACCAGUCCUCUUCCCGUUGUCACAAGCUGAAAUGUCAAACGGAGACUCCAACGGCCCCUGGCCGUGGUCGUGGCAUGCUAAAGAAGCGAAUGAUGCAAUUCCUAGAGCUACUACAACACUGCUUGUCAUAGCAAUCGCAGCUCUUAGCUUUUUAUUUUUGUUCAGGAGAAGGAAAAACGUGACCCCUCCAAUGCCACCGGGGCCCCGAGGCUUGCCGUUCCUCGGGUACCUCCCAUUCCUAGGGACUGAUCUCCACCGGAAAUUUGCCGAGUUGGCUGAGAUCUACGGCCCCAUCUACAAACUCCAGCUCGGAGGCAAGUUAUAUAUCGUGGUCAACUCCGCGUCACUGGCCAAAGAGAUCGUGCGGGACCAGGACAUGACGUUCGCCAAUCGGGACCCGAACAUUGCCACUACCAUUGCGACAUAUGGCGCAAGGGAUAUUGCCUUCUCAAGCCAGGGGCCUUAUUGGAGGAAUCUCCGCAAACUGUUCGUGCGGCAGAUGAUGAGCAACGCGAGUCUUGAUAUGUGUUAUGAUUUGAGAAGGCAGGAGGUCAGGAAAGUUUUGAGCGAUCUGUACAAAAAAUCCGGGUUGCCAGUGGAUAUCGGCAAGUGGACCUUUGUAAUCUUGAUUAACACAGUGAUGGCAAUGAUGUGGGGAGGGACGCUCAAGGGAGAGAAGCGCGAAGCCAUGGGGGCUGAGUUCCAAAAGAUGGCGAGCAAAUUGAUGGAGCUCUUAGGUACUCCGAAUGUUUCGGACUUUUUCCCAGCACUUGCUUGGCUUGACCUGCAAGGCGUGGAAAGGGACAUGAAAAGGGUGCAUCACUGGCUUGAUGCUUUUAUUCAGUCUGUUGUCGAAUGUGCCACCCAAGGAAGAACAAAUGAAAUGUUCGAGCAGAAGGAAGGAGAGUCUAAAACCAAUGAACAGAAAAAGGACUUUUUGCAGAUUUUCCUGGACUUGGAGACUGAAGAUGACCAGUCUCCAAUGGACAAGAAUGAAGCACUCAAAGCCAUUCUGAGGGACAUCAUACUUGGCGGAACCGAUACGACUUCAACAAUGGUCGAGUGGGUGAUGGCAGAGUUGCUGCAGAACCGAAAUGUGAUGAGCAAAGUAGUCCAUGAAUUGACAGAUAUCGUGGGGGAGGAUGAGAUGGUCGAAGAGCACCACUUGCCCAAAUUAAAGUACCUCAACGCCGUCAUCAAGGAGGCAUUCCGCUUGCACCCAGCGCUGCCCUUAUUAAUUCCUAGGACACCACAUGCUUCCUGUGCCGUCGGGGGUUACACAAUACCGAAAGGCAGCAACAUAUUCCUGAACAUGGGUUAUAUCCACAAGGACCCCAAGAAUUGGGACAAACCGUCGGAGUUUCGACCCGAGAGGUUCUCGGAAGAUCCCAGCAAGUAUGAUCUCUCGGGUAACAACUUCACGUACAUGCCUUUCGGUUCCGGUCGGAGGAUAUGUGCGGGGCUUCCGCUGGCAGAGAGGAUUUUAGCAUAUGUCUUGGCCUCUCUUUUACAUUCAUUCGAGUGGGAACUACCGCGAGGGGCAGAGCUGGAGCUGUCGGACAAAUUUGGGAUAGUGGUCAAGAAAACGAAUCCCCUGGUUGCCAUUCCCAGACCGAGAUUGUCUACUCCGGAGCUAUACAUGGCCAGAUAGAUCCUUCACAAGACUCUCCAUUUCAGUGCUAUUUUGAAAUAAAAGUAUCCUGCCGGUAUAUUUCUGAUACGACAAAGAAUUUCUAUUAUCUGUUGGUUCUUCAGGUCAAUUAGGCCAGAAGAUGAAAAUCAUAUGUUUUAAGAGCAAAACGGUUCGGGUCUUGCA